UUUCUUCUCUACUACCCUAGCCAGAAGAUGGCAUAGGAACAAUUGCGUUAUCACCAUCGCUUAUGCCAAGUUGAGCUGAUUUUUAAGAAUGAAAAAACCUCAAUGCGCUAUAAAUCAAGAUUUUUUUUUUAUCAAAGGUAGAUUUAUAAUAGGUUAGGUGUUACUCAACUGAAUUCGAGCGCCAAAAAAGUUGUGGAGAAGAUGACAUCAGCUAUAGGAUGGUACGGACCAUUAAUCGAUCUUUCUAAAGCAUCUGCUCACAUCGGCGACUUAGUACAGCUUCUCGUUUUCAUUCACCGCUGCACUCCUCUUCAGUAUAAAUUAUCAAAAAGAGGUGAAGUAUUAAGGACAGACAUUCAGGUUGGCGAUGAUACGCUGCCGUAUUUCUCAGUCUCCUUAUGGCAAAAGCAAAUGUCAUCUUUGGCUGUUACCGGUGAUGUCGUUUUGCUGCAGAAUGUGAAGAUCACUAAAUUUGGGGGUAUUGUUGAUGGCACAACUGUCCAGUUUUCUUCUUUACAAUGUUUGAUACAUCCUUAUGAAUCACUUCUUUCAAAAGGUGUAGAUGACUUAACUCGGGAAUGUCGGGUAGGAAAUACUGCAAUGGAGAAGCUUGUCAAAGUAGUUAAAUGGGUUCAGCGCAUUGGUUCUUCUUUUUACAACAUUGGCUCUAAUAGUUUUCAGAAAAACAUACAUCUUCCAAGGAACUGGAAAGUACAAGAACAGACAGAAGCACAAGAACUUUUCCUGCUUUCAGAAGUAUUGCGCCUAAGGAACUCAUGUAAGGUUGUAUUCAAUGCAUCUGUUGGCGAAAUUUUCUUACCAAUUACAUGGAGAGUACUGGGUGAUUCUGAGAAGGAAAACAUGUUUGUUAGCAGGAUAAUAACCAAGGUUGGAAAGAGUAAUUUGGUUGAAGAUAUUACUUGUGUUGGGUGUCAGUUAUGUGGUUCUCCUUUGGAUUUGGAGAACAGGUCUGAGUUGAAGAAAAACUCGAUUCCACUCUUUUGCUCGAAAAGCUCAGAUCAUUUUCAUGCAGUAGGCUUGAUAUACAGGCCUUUUAUGUUAUAUGUGUGGGAUGAAUCAGAAUACCUACCACUACUUGUAAGAAACAAGGCUGCCGAGCUGCUAUUCGGGAACAUCAAAGCCGAAAAAAUCUACUCUUGCUACAUAGGGCAAAACCAGAACCAAAACUGUCAGCAAGACCAUAAUUGUAAAGUAAUUAUUUCUAAAGCUUCUGGGAAAGCAGCUACCGUUUCUUGCUCAUCAGGUCUAGAUGACAGACAAGUCAAGCAGGGAGUUGAAGAUGAUAAAAACAUCAACUUCCACUUGGUUUGGUUAAUUCUUGUGAAGUUGCUAUUGCAGCAAGGGAAGAAUAGUCCACUGAAAUUUGAAGUAAAUGUGAAUACGAGUCUAGAGGGUGAAAAUGAGAAGUUUGAGAUGGUUUCUGUUUCAAUUCCAUGUAUCAAAACCAAUGGUUCCUUGUGUUAUCCAUAGAUCCGUUAAUUCAGAGAUUUCAUCUGUUAGAACAAA